AUGGGCAAUUAUGGCGCGACCGAACCUCGACGUUAUGUCUCCGAUAUCAAAGACGUCACGCCUCUGGCGCAGCCUUUGCACUUCGAAUUCUCUGGCCGAACGGCUUCUAACCGCUUUAUGAAAGCAGCCAUGACGGAGCAGCUGUCGUCCUGGCACCCAACCGACUUAUCCAAACGCGGUAUUCCCACAAGGAGUCUGAUCAGGGCUUACGAGUGUUGGGCCAAGGGUGAAAUUGGGGUAAUCCUCACGGGCAACUUCAUGAUUUUUCCUGAUCACCUCGAGUCCGUGGGAGACCCUGUAAUACCGCCGGAUGCGCCUUUCCAUGGGGAACGAUUUGAAGCCUUCAAGGCAAUGGCGGCUGCUGGCAAGAGCCAAGGAUCGAUCGUUCUCCCCCAGGUAUCGCAUCCCGGUCGAUUGUCCAACGAAUACUUCCAAAAAUCCCCGGUAUCAGCCUCUGCAGUCAACGUGACACAGGUCGAUAAGAAGCCCGUGCAUUUCGCCGAUCCCCACGAGGCAACCCACGAAGAAAUUAGGACCAUUAUCGACGCCUUUGCCCAUGCCGCCGAAUACAUUGAGAAGGCAGGAUUCGACGGGAUGGAAGUCCACGGGGCGCACGGCUUUUUUCUAUCGAGCUUUCUCAAUGUGCGGACCAAUAUUCGGACGGAUCAAUACGGAGGUAGCAUUCAGAACCGGAUGCGCAUCUACGAAGAACUCGAAGUCGCCAUUCGGAAGCGGGUGUCCAGAACCUUCAUCCUGGGCAUUAAAAUUAACAGUGUCGAGUUUCAAGAGUCAGAUCUCUCCGUCGAGGAUGCCGCCAAGGUAUGUCGUAUGCUCGAGGCACACCGCUUCGACUUUGUGGAACUCAGCGGCGGGUCGUCCGAGAAUACCAUGACAGGGGCCGAGCAUGAAGGCGAGCCUGUACGAGAGUCGACGAUGAAACGCGAAGCUUAUUUCCUUGAAUUUGCCGAGAAAAUCGUUCCGGGCUUGACUAAGACCAAGACCUACGUGACGGGAGGGCUCCGCACGGUAGGCGGCAUGGUUAGGGCGCUCGAGACGGUUGACGGUAUCGGCCUUGGACGUCCCCUGAUCCUCGAGUUUGAUCUGUGCAAGAGACUGCUCGCCGGUGAAAUUACGGGGUGCAUCGUGCAGUAUAUGGCCAUGAAUGAAUUUUGGCUGUCGCUCAUGUGCGGAAACCGCAAUAUCCGCGAGGUUGGGUUGGGCAACGAGCCACUGGAGCUGUGGGAUCCCGAGGUCAUGGCCGAACUGAGAGAGUACUACGAGAUCUGGGUGGUCAAUAAGAGCACGGAUCGUGAGUAUCGUGGUAACUACGGAGUGGACUCGACCGAAGAGAUGAAAGACAUUGACAAAAACGAGCCUGUCCACGAACGCCGCCUCAUACCGCAUACAGUCGACGGUUACAGGCAGCCGAAGCUUUCCUUGUUAUUCUGA